AUAAUAAAGUUGUAGUAAACACUUCACGUCAUGCGUUUUAACGCAGUUUAAAGUUGAUUCUUGGACGCAUAAAAAGCGCAAACCUUCCGGAGAGCAUCCCGCAGUUCCCGCCCGGUGAGUCCUGCGUGCCCCGGUCCGGGUCCACUCCCUCCAUUCACGGCCGCUGCGCGCCCAGAAUAGCCCGGCUCGGCUGAAAAAAGCCGGAGCGCCGGGAGGAAGUGACAUGCUCUCCUCCACUACUCACUGCUGGAGAUUAGCGCGCAGGCAGCUGUAAUCUGCUUCAGCACCGCGGCCACAGACGCCGCCUGGCCAUGAAUCCUCCCCAAAGUUCCCUGGAAGGGAACCGCCGCGGACCCAAACCUCAUUAAAACAAGUUCGUGUGGAUACGGAAGCAAAAGUUCGGCUGGAAAUGUAUUUAUGAUUAUUAGAAACCAGAAAAUCCCGGGACAGCUGCCUCAGAUUUGGGAGCUUGAAGGAAUCUGAUGAUCAGGUGAAUAGAAGCAGAUUUUUUUAAGGAAGCAGAGGAGAAGGCUGUGCGCUCGGAACCGGACCGGACCGUGAGGAUGGAGAUCCGGCCGGACAGGUUCAAAGCUGUGGCAGCGAAGACUCUGGGGAAGAUUUACGGGGCGCUAGAGAAGAAGCAGGAAAAUGGCGAAACCAUCGAGCUGUCGGCGGAGGGCCGGCCGGAGCUGGUGCAGGAGAAGGAGAUGCCGGUGGUGGACUGCACCUGCUUCGGCCUGCCCCGCCGCUACAUCAUCGCCAUCCUGUCCGGGAUUGGCUUCUGCAUCUCGUUCGGCAUCAGGUGCAACCUGGGCGUGGCCAUCGUUAGCAUGGUCAACAGCCACACCGUCUUCAGGGACAACAAGGAGGUCAUCGUGAAAGCUCAGUUCAGCUGGGAUCCAGAGACAGUGGGGAUGAUCCACGGCUCCUUCUUCUGGGGUUACAUCGUCACCCAGAUCCCUGGAGGUUUCAUCUGUCAGAAGUUCGCAGCGAACAGGGUGUUUGGCUUCGCCAUCGUCGCCACUUCCUGCCUGAACAUGCUGAUCCCCACGGCGGCGCGGAUGCACUUCGGCUGCGUCAUCAUAGUGAGGAUCUGUCAGGGCCUGGUGGAGGGCGUCUCCUCCCCGGCCUGCCACGGCAUCUGGGCCAAAUGGGCCCCGCCGCUGGAACGGAGCCGCCUGGCCACGACGGCCUUCUGUGGCUCUUAUGCGGGCGCAGUGAUCGCCAUGCCGCUAGCUGGAAUCCUGGUCCAGUACUCGGGAUGGUCCUCCGUCUUCUACGUCUACGGGACCUUUGGGGUCAUGUGGUACUGCUUCUGGAUCCUGGUUUCGUACGAGAGUCCGGCGGCUCACCCGACCAUCACGGAGGAGGAGCGGACGUACAUCGAGGAGAGCAUCGGCGAGUCGGCCCAGCACACGGUGACGAAGUUCAACACUCCGUGGAAAUCGUUCUUCACCUCCAUGCCGGUCUACGCCAUCAUAGUGGCCAAUUUCUGCCGCAGCUGGACCUUCUACCUGUUGCUCAUCAGCCAGCCCGCCUACUUUGAGGAAGUGUUUGGCUUCGAAAUCAGCAAGGUGGGAAUACUUUCUGCUCUGCCUCACCUGGUGAUGACCAUCAUCGUUCCCAUCGGAGGCCAAAUCGCCGACUACCUGCGCUCCAAUCAGAUCAUGACCACCACAAACGUCAGGAAGAUCAUGAACUGUGGAGGGUUCGGGAUGGAGGCCACCCUCCUGCUGGUGGUCGGCUUCUCGCACACGAAGGGCGUCGCCAUCUCCUUCCUGGUUCUGGCGGUGGGAUUCUCUGGGUUCGCCAUUUCAGGUUUUAACGUCAACCACCUGGACAUCGCGCCGCGAUACGCCAGCAUCCUCAUGGGCAUCUCCAACGGCGUGGGCACGCUGUCCGGCAUGGUCUGCCCGCUGAUCGUAGGCGCCAUGACCAAGAACAAGACGCGGGAGGAGUGGCAGGGUGUGUUUCUGAUCGCCUCACUCGUUCAUUAUGGAGGGGUUGUAUUUUAUGGUAUUUUUGCCUCUGGGGAGAAGCAGCCGUGGGCCGAGCCGGAGGAGCUGAGCGUGGAGAAGUGCGGCAUCCUGGACGAGGACGAGCUCGCCAACGAGACGGAGGAACUGUACCGCUCCAGCGGAGGAGCCGGCUACGGCGCCACCACCCAGAGCUCCGACCCCAACGGAGGCGGCGGCGGCUGGGUCUCCGACUGGGACAGGACCGAGGAGUACGUCCAGCCGGCCGGGACCAACAGCUACGCUUACCCAGGGUUCACAUAGAAGCAGCCAGAGAAACACAAACGGCUCAGCAGCAACGAGGAAACCUGAAGGAACCAAAACAGCAACCGGGCUUUUCAGGAAGCCUGACCUUUGAACUUUAAAGACAUUUAAAGUGAG